AUGGCGAGCGUUGCUCAAACCACGGUUUCUACGAGCCACAAUGUCCAUCCGCCAGCCUCCGCCUCCUGGAUGGCAAAGAACGGGACCACUGCAGCUCCUCCGCUGGCGGACGGGAAUCGAAAUGAGUCCGGCAACAGAGCACAGCAUACCAAUUCCAAUCCACGAGCCGCUAAGAGCAAAUAUCGCCAUGUCGCCGCCUUUCACUCCCGGCCCCGCGUAUCGUGCCUUUCUCGCGAUUCGGAGACCAGCCCCAGCUUUAUGGGGUUCCGGAACCUGAUGGUUCUAGUGUUGAUUGUCAUGAAUCUGCGGUUGAUUGUCGAGAAUUUUAUGAAAUAUGGUGUCCUCAUCUGUAUUCGAUGCCAUGACUAUCGAAAACAAGAUGUCGUUCUCGGCGCAAUACUAUUCGCACUUGUCCCCUGCCACCUCUUCGUGGCAUAUAUAAUUGAGCGCGCCGCAGCCCAUCAGGUCAAGGGAGCCAUUGGCCGCAUAAAGCGAAAAGAGUCGGAAGAAGAAAAUACUCAGGAGCAGCUGGCGUUCCGAUCGGCAUGGAUAUAUGUCGCUCUUGCACAUACACUGAACGCUUGCCUAUGUCUCCUAGUCACGAGUUACGCAGUUUACUACUACGUCAAUCACCCUGGCAUCGGAACACUCUGCGAGGUCCAUGUAAUCGUCGUCUGGUUGAAGAUAUGCUCCUACGCAUUCACCAACCGAGACCUUCGCCACGCAGCGCUCCACCCAUCUUCCACUUCCCCGCUCCCAGAAAUCUACAACUCCCUACCAUAUCCCCGAAACGUCACCAUCAAGAACCUAACCUAUUUCUGGCUGGCGCCAACCCUAGUAUACCAACCAGUAUACCCGCGCACAGACCGUAUCAGAUGGUCCUUCGUGGCCAAGCGCGUCAUGGAGGUGGUCGGGCUCUCCGUGUUCAUCUGGCUCACCUCCGCGCAAUACGCAGCCCCCGUCCUCCGCAACUCCCUAGAAAAGAUCGCAACCCUCGACCUAACCUCCAUCAUCGAGCGAGUCAUGAAGCUCUCCACGAUAUCGCUCAUAAUCUGGCUUGCAGGCUUCUUUGCCCUGUUCCAGUCCUUCCUCAACGCGCUCGCGGAAGUAAUGCACUUCGGCGACCGCGAGUUCUACACGGAGUGGUGGAACAGCCCCAGCGUGGGCACCUAUUGGCGCACGUGGAAUAAGCCCGUGUACCAUUUCAUGCGGCGACAUAUCUUCUCGCCGCUGGUGGGCAGGGGAUGGAGCCCCUUUGCCGCCAGUGUUAUGGUUUUCACUUUCAGCGGAAUCCUGCAUGAAUUGCUCGUGGGGAUUCCGACACACAACAUGAUAGGUAAUUUGACGUCCCUCCCAGCAUCCUUAAUAUGUAUAUAA